AUGGAUUGGAUAUAUUUUUAGGAAAAAAUCUCUGCUAGUUGGGUGUGCAAUAUCCGUAACUUUAAUUACUUGACAUAUUAGUGGGUGGGUUGUGUGCUUUUUUUAUUCGCCAGAUACAUUGAAAAUUAGUAUGAUUUCUUUUCCUUUUCAUUGAUUCCUAAAUUAGCUUAAUCAAUUCUAUUGAUCUAUUACAAUGGAAAUAUCAUUAAACCUAUGUCAAUUAUGGAGAUAUCUGGUGCCUUAGGAGCAACCUUCGGUCCUUUUAUAGGCUCAACCUUGAAUUAUUUUUUCGGAUAUGAAGGACCUUUUGUGGUAUUUUCAAUACUCUACAUUCAAAUAUUCUCUUUUAUUGUAACCUAUAUACCUGCAGAUAAUAGCUAUGUAAUGGACAAAAGAGAAACAUUGCAAGAUGGAUUUGAGAGUCCAAAAAAAUUAGGAGAAAUUAAUGAUUUCUAAGAUAGUAAAAGUAAAUAAUAAAUGGUGGGAUAGUCUCAACUUAUUGAAUUGCAUUCAGGAUUAAGCUUUACCAAUGAAGACAAUAAAUUUCAUGAAAAAUUCUGCGUCACUGAUCCUGAAAUUCAGGAAUCAUAUGGGAAAUUGAAUGAAGAAAACAAUGAUUACUAUGGGUUUCAUCCAUUUUAUGAUGACUUACCUAAAUUCAAACUGCUUCAAUUGAAUAGAAUUGAUUAGAGCAAUCACUUAUACCUGAAAGCAUUAGAAAAUAUUGGAACAAGCUUCAAGCAGAGCUCUAAAAAUGAAAAUCGCAUAAAACCUACUCAAAUCUACAUAUUGCUGAAAAAUGUGCAAGUCUUUGCUACAAUAUUCACAUUUUUCGUUUCAACAUGCUUAUGGGUUUACAUAGAGCCCCUUCUUUCUCUCUACCUUGUUAAUUAAUAUGCUCUUGCGAGCUACACGACUCCAAUAUUUUUUCUGGUUUUUUCUGCAGGAUACCUCACAGCCACAUUUUCCCUUAUCAAAUACAACAGACUCAAAUCUAUUUCUAGCAAGUAUCAAUCUGUGAUGGCUUUUAUACUCGCUGGAUUAUCUUAAGUUUUGAUUUCUCCAAUUAUUCAGUCUUUAAAUACGAUUUGGCUGACUAGUUUAGGGUUAUUUUUAUUUGGAUUCUUUACUACUUUCACUUUGGUUCCCAUUUACAAUGAUAUGCUUAGAUCGUUGGAAAAGCAUUUUGAUUUAAACAGAAUGUCUUUCUCUUAGGUUAUUGAUUAAUGCAGUUCACUGACCGUAUUCUUGAAAAGUGUAGCAUAAGUUAUAGCACCAAUAUGUGGGACUUAUCUUUACGAAUGGUAUGGAUUCAGUGAUGUUUGCUAGAUAUUUUGCAUAAUCUCAAUCGCUUAUGGAAUAUUUCUAUUUAUAGUUUUAUGA